AUGUCACCCCGACGAAAGGAAGUUUCACGUGAAAAAUACUCCGAGGAAACGAUUUCACGAUGCAUUCAGGCUAUCAACUCCGGAAUGAAAAUUUACACUAGCUGUAAAAAAUUCGGGAUUCCAUUGUCCACUAUCUACUAUCGGAUUGGAGGACGUUGGAAGAACAAAUUCAAACCAGGGCCAAAAUGUGUACUAUCAAGAGAAGAGGAGCAAAGAAUUGUUGACUGGUUGAAAAGAAUGCAGGAUCGAGGUUUUCCAGUUACCCGACAUGCUCUGCUCUUCAAAGUAAGUGAAUAUUUGUCAUCAAACCCACGGAUCACACCGUUCCGUAAUAAUCGACCAGGACGAAAGUGGUUAACUGGUUUUAUGCGACGCAAUCCCGGAUUUUCGUUCCGUACUCCAGAAGCAGUAUCCGCGGCAAGUAGCCGUGUGAGCGAACAAGAUCUUCGCAGAUGGUACAAGAUGGUAGACCAGUAUGCGACUGCAAACCUGAUACGUGAGGUCAUUGCCCUCACUGGAUCCCGCAACGUUUACGAAGUAGAGCAAGCUCCCGGGAAACAAAACAUCACCGUAAUGUUCGCCUUUGGAGCGUCUGGAGUUGUAGUACCAUCACACGUGAUACUCCCUGGGCAACGCAUCCGAAAGGAAGUUGCUCAAGGUUUUCCUGCGAACUGGGGUCUUGGUCAGAGUGACCGAGGUUGGAUGGAUACUCACAAUUUUCGUGAGUAUAUUGUGAAAAUCUUCCAUCCAUCCAAAACACUAGAAGUCGCCGAUGUAUGCCAGUCACUAGGAAUUGUGCUGAUUUCGUUAUAUCCAACACCACUCACAUCACACAACCUGCGGAUGUAG